CCACUCGCUCGGCUCUACAGCCGCCGCCACCGUCGCCGCCACUGCUCCGGGCUUCGGUCGCAAGGCGGGCGGGCGGGCGCGCUCGGCGAGGCUCCUGCGGCUGCUGCUCUCCUCCGGCGCCGGGGGGCUGCGGCGCGCUGGGUCCCGGCCCCUGGCCGGGUGCCCCUCGGGCCCUCGCGCCCCGGUCUCCAGUCCCGCGACCUGCCCGGGAGAACGCUCUGCGCUGGCCGGGCCACCCCGGGCUCGCGCCCCGGGUCAUGAAGAGGGGCCCGUGAGGGGCGCGCGGAGGCGGUGGAAGAGGAGGGAGGAGGGAGGCCGAGGAGGAGGGCGCGGAAGGCGGAGGAUGCCGCCGCCGAUGCCGCCGCCGCCGCCGCCCGCCGGCCCCCGGCGAGCCUGACUCCAGACCUGAGGAUGGAGCCGGCGCUGGGCGCUGCAGCAGCUCCCGGUGCGCCCCCCACCAGCUUCCUCGCCUGUGAAAUGGAGCUGAUCCUGGCCUCCCCGUGAUGCGCUCCCGUGCGGAAUAAAGGCGCAAGUGCAGGUAAAGGGCUUAGGAAGUAUUCGACGGAUGCUAACUGAAAUAAUGCCACAGUCUUGGGUUUGAACUUAGAAUCCGCGGAUAGCAUCCAGGUCGGGAACGCUCCCUGGUCCACUUAUGCUUUGAGUUUUAGGUAGCUGUUCUCGUCUCCGGGGUGGUUGGAAGAAGACCCUCCCUCCCUGGCUGUCCCUUCUGUGCGGGUCUUGGUGUCUGGGCUGUCCGGACGGAGCUGUCAUUUACACCUGGAGGUCUGGGAACCUUUCCCCUCCCUCUCUCUACAGUCUGUUGGCCACAGGGCUGCUGUACAGGUUGGGACUGCCGGCUAGGCCAGGAGACCUGGUAGCUGUGGACUCUCUAGCUUGGAGCAGCCCUUCUUUGACCUCGCAUGGUGGAGAAGCAGCCCCAUGAAGGUGCCCAGCCAUGCAAUGUUCCUGGAAGGCCGUCCUCCUCCUUGCCCUGGCUUCAAUCGCCAUUCAGUACACCGCCAUCCGCACCUUCACCGCCAAGUCCUUCCACACCUGCCCCGGGCUGGCGGAGGCGGGGCUGGCGGAGCGGCUGUGCGAGGAGGGCCCCACCUUCGCCUACAACCUCUCCCGCAAGACCCACAUCCUCAUCCUGGCCACCACGCGCAGUGGCUCCUCCUUCGUGGGCCAGCUAUUCAACCAGCACCUGGACGUCUUCUACCUGUUCGAGCCCCUCUACCACGUCCAAAACACGCUCAUCCCCCGCUUCACCCAGGGCAAGAGCCCCGCCGACCGGCGCGUCAUGCUGGGCGCCAGCCGCGACCUCCUGAGGAGCCUCUAUGACUGUGACCUCUAUUUCUUGGAGAACUACAUCAAGCCCCCGCCCGUCAACCACACCACCGACAGGAUCUUCCGCCGCGGGGCCAGCAGGGUGCUGUGCUCCCGCCCCGUGUGCGACCCCCCGGGGUCCCCCAACCUGGUGCUGGAGGAGGGGGACUGCGUGCGCAAGUGCGGCUUGUUGAACUUGACGGUGGCCGCCGAGGCCUGUCGUGAGCGCAGCCACGUGGCCAUCAAGACGGUGCGGGUGCCCGAGGUGAACGACCUUCGGGCCCUGGUUGAAGACCCCCGGUUAAACCUCAAGGUCAUCCAGCUGGUCCGCGACCCGCGUGGCAUCCUGGCCUCCCGCAGCGAGACGUUCCGCGACACUUACCGCCUCUGGCGGCUCUGGUACGGCACCGGGAGGAAGCCCUACAACCUGGAUGUGACGCAGCUGACCACGGUGUGCGAGGACUUCUCCAACUCCGUGUCCACUGGCCUCAUGCGGCCCCCGUGGCUCAAGGGCAAGUACAUGUUGGUGCGCUACGAGGACCUGGCCAGGAACCCCAUGAAGAAGACCGAGGAGAUCUACGGUUUCCUGGGGAUACCCCUGGACAGCCACGUGGCCCGCUGGAUCCAGAAUAACACGCGGGGCGACCCCACCUUGGGCAAGCACAAAUACGGCACCGUCCGAAACUCGGCGGCCACGGCCGAGAAGUGGCGCUUCCGCCUCUCCUACGACAUUGUGGCCUUUGCCCAGAACGCCUGCCAGCGGGUGCUGGCGCAGCUGGGCUACAAGAUGGCCAUGUCGGAGGAGGAGCUCAAGAACCCCUCCGUCAGUCUGGUGGAGGAGCGGGACUUCCGCCCUUUCUCGUGACGAGGGCUGCGUGGGCGGGGGUGAGGGGCACAUGGUGUCGGUUUUGAUAAAAUGGACCGUUUUUUAACUGUUGCCUUAUUUCUCCCUCCCUCUCCUGCCGGGUCUUUGUGUCCUUCUCACCGCCCCACCCCGACCCCAACAGGCCCCGCCCACCCUCCACUCCUUCUGCCUCUUUUUGUCUCUGAAAUUUGCACUAUGUCUUGGACAGGAAUCACUGGGGCAGAGGGGGCGUGAAGCGGGGUAGAGCCCCCAGCCCACCCCCAUUCAGACACACAGCUGUUGGGUCUCUGCGUGGAUGGUGUCAAUGUUUACAAGCACCACACUCACACAUUCACAUACACACACAUGCACACACACCGGCACCCACAAGGAGAGAUACCCCCAAACCGGGGAACUUCUGCAGCAUUUCCAGUGGCCCAGUAGUUGGGGUCUGGUAGUUUUGCACUGUCUUACUUCCACAAGGUAAGAGGGUAAAAACAAAAAGGCCACCUCUCUCUAACUUAUGAAUGGUGUCUAAUCCCUCCCCAUCCUGCCUCUGCCCCGGUGCCCACUGUCGUCCCCCCGCCCCCAGCAGAGAACAGUCUGCACCCACUCCCCCUCCCCGGCCUGCCCUUGCCUGCCUCUGAGCAGGUUUUUACUGUGAGGUGAAUGUGGACCUUGUUUAUUUUUUCCAGUCUGUGGCGAUGCUGUCUGUCUGUCUGUCUGAGUCUUGUGGCUGCCCCUGGACCAGUGACGGCUGAUAAAUCUUAUGGGUUUCUGAUUGAUCUCGGGGUCCAUCUGUAAUAUUUCUUUGUGCCAAAAGAAAAAAAAAGUGGAUCAGUUUGCUAAAUGAACGUUGAAAUGCUUUAUCUGUGUUUUCUGUAAAUAAAAGAGUGCAAUAAUAA